AUUCUUAAUUGUUUCAAUCUUCAAUUACGUGGUUUAAUAAUCUUUUUAGAUUAAAAUAUACUCUCGGCUGAACUACUCGCUAAUACGGUUAAGCGGUCGUGUUAUAAUUACCCGACAGCUGCGAGGAAAUCAAGUAUCUACGCAACUAUAGCCUUUGUAUCUAAUUGGCAAUUCGUUUAUAACACAAGAGGACAAGUUCCAAGGCGUGAAAAGAUACGAAACUCUAACACAAGGAAAAAGACAAAACAAUAACGCGGGAAAAGGGUAGAAACUAUACGGAAGAUUAGAUACGAAACCCUAACACAGGGAAAGAAAACGAAACUAUAAGGCGAGGAAGAAGACAAUCUAGGCAACAUGCACGACGCACAAGAUGUUGGCACAGAUUCUGCAGUUACUUUGGUUCGUAUGGAAGAACAUGUAGACGAAAAACCUGGUGAAAGCGAUUCGACAUCGUCGUCGGAAACAAUUGACGGCCAGCCACAACGAGAAGGGUGGGACAACAAAAUCCAGUACAUACUUGCCCAGAUCGGCUUCGCUGUGGGUUUGGGAAACGUAUGGCGAUUCCCGUAUCUAUGCCAGAAGAACGGCGGGGGUGCUUUCCUUAUACCUUACUUCAUAAUGCUGAUGUUGGAGGGAAUCCCUCUGUUUUAUAUGGAGAUUGCUAUUGGUCAACGAUUGAGGCGUGGCAGCGUGGGGGUGUGGAAUCAUAUACAUCGAUAUUUGGGGGGCGUGGGAAUCGCUAGUAUGGUGGUUUGUUUUUUAAUCGCCCUCUACUACAAUAUGAUUAUAUCAUGGGCGUUUUUCUAUUUCUUUAACUCCUUUCAAAGUCCAUUGCCGUGGAAAAGUUGUCCGGUAAUGCCGAAUAUGACGAUCAACAACCAUUCAGUUGAGGUUGCUGAAUGCGCAGAGACGAGUCCUACGUCAUAUUUCUGGUAUCGCAACGCGCUUGAUAUUUCCCCCUCAAUAAACGAACCAGGAUCACCGGUUUGGAGAAUGUGUUUGUCAUUAGUUGUGGCUUGGCUUAUCGUGUUUAUCGGGAUGUUUAAAGGAAUCAAAUCUUCUGGGAAGGUGGUUUACUUCAGCGCUACAUUCCCAUACAUCGUUCUUGUCAUUUUCUUCUUUCGAGGAAUUACUUUGCCGGGUUCAAUGGACGGAGUGGCUUAUAUGUUCACGCCUGAUAUGUCUCGUCUCGCUGACGCCACCGUGUGGCGAGAUGCUGCGACACAAAUCUUCUUUUCUCUGGGACUUGGCUUCGGUGGGGUGAUCGCAUAUUCCUCAUACAACGACUUAAAGAAUAAUUGCAGAAAAGAUGCGUUGACAGUGGCCAGUAUAAACUGCGCGACAAGUAUCUUCGCAUCGUUGGUCAUAUUCAGUAUACUCGGCUUCAAGGCACACCAUAGAUCUGAGCAGUGCAUGGAUCACAACAUUAUCAAAAUCCACGCAUUCUUCAACGAGUAUAAUCCGGACCACAACAUGAAUGACGUGGCAGUUCAGAUGGAUCGCAAAAACUACAUCCAUUUGCUUGAUGUGAUGAACGAGACUUUCUACAGCGACAACGAAACAGCGCCAGAAAUCCUAAAACACUGGCUGUCAAUCAACGUCAGCACUUGCACAAUCAAGGACGAACUGCAAGAGGCCGUUUCCGGACCCGGGCUCGCUUUUAUCGCGUUCACAGAAGCGAUGAUUAAUAUGCCGGGAGGUCCUUUCUGGAGUGUCAUGUUUUUCUGCAUGUUGAUUAACCUCGGGUUGGGUUCAAUGUUCGGGACAUUAGAAGGUAUAAUCACACCGCUUCGAGAUCUUGGGCUCAGAAUACCUAAAGAGGCGAUUGUCGCAAUACUGUGUUUGAUAUCCCUCGCCAUUGGAAUGAUUUUCACUCUACGUUCUGGCAUGUAUAUCUUGGAUAUAUUCGACACGUACGCUGGAACUCUCCCAUUGCUCAUGAUCGCAUUCUUCGAAACUAUUGGAGUUGCUUGGAUAUACGGUUUCUCAAGAUUUUCCGAUGACCUUAAACUGAUGUUGGGAGAUGAUGGACCUGGUUUGUUUUGGAGAGCGACGUGGUGCGUCAUCUCUCCUCUGUGCAUGUUGACGUUGUUUGUAAGCUCCAUCGUCACUCUUGCCAUCAAAACCCCACAAUAUGAAGUUUACGUUCUUGGAGGAGAGAAAACGAAGAUGAAGGUCGAUUACCCUGGUUGGGCCAUCGGGUUUAUAAUUUGUUUAAUCUUCUGCAGCAUCAUCUGGAUUCCUAUCAUAGCUUUCCUGAGGUGGAGAGGUUACCUCAGUUACACAAGCGUUGACUCCGCGUCAAAGAAGGGACCGACGAAUUCUUACGUAGCGUAACGUGACGUCAUUAACGUGUGACGUAACCAUCAGGUACCCGUCCAUGGCCCCGGUUCGAAUCGACGGGCGAACCGAAAUCAAGGUCAAAUUUCGGUUGGUUUUGAAACCUGGACAAAAAAACUUUGUGCAUAAAAUUAUCUGUUUUCGUGGCCCGUAAUUCGCCACAAAGAACAAGUAUAUUCAAAGGGGUAAUAUUUUUAGAAAAUAACAGCCUGCAAAAUCAUUUUCCAAAGUAUUUAGACGUUAUACGCGUCGGAUAGUAGAGUGGGGAAGACGGGACACCUUUUCAUACUAUUCUCGUCCAAUUUGGUAGUAAACAAACAACAUUCAAAGAAUUAUAAAACCGUAUCCUCAUGACUCCCAUAGACCGCUGUUAAAAUUGUUCAAAACACGAUCAGGAUAUUUGGAUAUUAUAUGCUAAAUGUGAACCAUCUUACCCCACAGUACUGUAUUACCUUUCAUGCUGCGUUUUAAAAUCUCUUUGUUUUUUUUAUUGUUUCCUAGGUGAUAUAGUCACUAUUAUGCUGUCAUUUAGAAGUUGAAAUUCUGCUUUUGUUUCGAAUUUGUGACCUCACUGCUUAUGGCAUGAAUCAGUAG